AUGGCUAGUGCGGAGGAUGUGAAGCAGCGGCAGGUUGUUGAAGACCGUGCAAGAAAUAUUAGCCACAAUGUACGGUGCACUGAGUGUGGCAGCCAGUCCAUUGAAGAUUCGCAAGCAGAUGUUGCAGUUCUCCUUAGAAGGUUAAUUCGUGAUGAAAUAAAAUCUGGAAAGAGUGAUAAGGAGAUAUACAAAAAACUAGAAGAAGACUUUGGAGAAACAGUUCUAUAUGCCCCUAAAUUUGAUCUUCAAACUGCUGCCAUAUGGUUAUCACCGGUGAUUGUGAUUUCUCGGGUAGGCAGUCGAGAGCCUGAUACAUUAAAUCCUGUGCAGGUGAUUGUGGGCGGCGUAGCAGCUGGUGUGUGGGCUUACCAAAAGCACAGGCAAAGGACCAACGUUCACAUCAUGGCUCUGAACCUCGUCCGAGGGGUUCCCCUGACUCCAAGGGAGAAGGAGACGAUGAUCGACAUCCUCACGCCGCCCCUGCCGGCAAGGAGGUGGUGGUGGCCUAUCAAAUGA